CUGCAAUAUCUUGGUACACUCGGUGUACCGAACCCUCGGCUUUGCUGCCUCUCGCUCCGUUCUCUAUCAUAGACGAUACGUGUUUAUAGGUAUGGCCGUGAAAAGUACGGAAUUCACUGUGCACGGUUGGAAAGGGAGUGGAAUUAAUUCCAUGUACAAGGUACAAUGACUUGUCAUGAUGCAUUGGAAGCACAAGUGGACCCUGAACGGACCGGGAUUAUGUUUUUAGAUGUAUUUUAGUGCCUGUUAACGAGUUGAUUUGUGGUUCAAUCCCGGCUUGUCGACCAGCUGUCAUAUUGAAGUUCGCGUAUUGUCGUACCAGUUUAUCGGCUUGGAUUCACGUUCACAGUAUUUCUACACAUAGUGCAUGGAGAAACGGAGAGACCGCCCGUGCAAACGGUGCAUAAACGCUUACGCUUUCUACGUACGAUAGUAACGUAGCGCCAGCGAUCGCUGGUUUCGCGAUUAUAUUGUUUUUGCCUUAGAGGUAAAAGUAUUAAAACAUAAAUUGUUGCGAAGCGUAGUUCGAGACUUCAUACAUGGAAUAUAUUAUGCAUAUAUAUUUAUGAAUAUAUAUCUAUAUAUAAGGACACUAUAAUGUAAUUCUCUUGAAGUUAGAGGAAGACAUGUUUUUAUAAGGAGACACGGCUCAUUCUUCGCGCUUCCACGGAAUGAACCUGGUAUAUCCAGAGAGCCUCUUUCUCAUGGAAAUGAUUCUAUCGAUUGUGAAGUGGUUUCAAGAUGAGAAAUAUGUCGAACUUGACGUAAUUUGUGUUAGCGCAGUUUAAUUGGAAACAUUGGAUACAUUAUCCCUGUGAUUGUACUCUUGGAGUUAAGGUGUAUGCAAGAGUGGAAAGAGUUUGUUGACGUAGUGACAAUCCGGGGGUUGCAGCAGCUACGGCCGUGUGGACUCGGUAGCAAAGAGAGGGACAGGUGUAAAUUAUGCAGAAAAUGGCACACUGGCGGCGGGUCAACGGUGCUGGUGAUGAGGAAUGCUCACACCCGAAUCUUAUCGUCUAUCGAAAGAUCGAAAGAUUGAUUCAGCGAAUGCAAGAUGAAAGGAACGGUGUACCUGUCCGGACUGUCAAAAGUUUCAUGUCAAAAGUUCCUAGUGUUUUUACAGGAGCUGAUCUGGUUCAAUGGUUGAUGAAGACAUUAGAUAUUGAUCAAGCGAAUUCAAUACAUUUAGGGUCAUUGCUAGCAGCACAUGGCUAUUUCUUCCCCAUAACGGAUCACGUACUAACACUGAAGGAUGACAACACAUUCUAUAGGUUUCAAACACCUUACUUCUGGCCCUCAAAUUGUUGGGAACCGGAAAACACAGAUUAUGCGGUAUACUUGUGCAAACGAACUAUGCAAAACAAAUCAAGGCUAGAACUGGCAGAUUAUGAAGCAGAAAAUCUGGCCAAACUGCAGCGGAUGUUUUCUCGAAAAUGGGAGUUCAUCUUCAUGCAAGCAGAGGCACAAGCAAAGGUGGAUAAGAAGAGAGAUAAGAUGGAGAGGAAAGUGUUGGAUAGUCAAGAAAGAGCGUUCUGGGACGUCCAUCGGCCUGUACCAGGCUGCGUCAACACUACUGAAAUGGACAUCAAGAAACUCAGCAGAAUCAACAGAACAUUCAAGAAGAAAAAGAUCAACUCACCUGAAGAUGGUGAUAGAUGUCCGUCAGAUUCAGACAUACAAUCAGCUUCAGAAGAAAGCAAGAGACAGGAGUCUUCUCAUCAUCAUCAUCUGCACUUUGCAUGUUGUUCACCAAUUCUCUUCCUCACUCGUAAGGUGGAGAUGCUGAAAGCAAGAUUAGAAAAGAGGCAGUACAAGACGUCUAAGGUGGCAGAACUAUUAAUAGCAUACUGUCAGCAGUAUCGAGACUACGACUCGUUUCUCUCGACGGAGCUGGGUCCAAAUCCUUGGAUAACGGACGACACAGCAUUGUGGGAAGCUGCCUCAACUAUGAGUUUGAAGGAGGUACCAGUGUACAGGGUCAAAAAAUGGGGUUUCUCCUUCGAUGAUCUCCUGAAGGACUCCCUAGGGAGAGAUCAGCUCUCAAAGUUCCUGGCUAAGGAGUUCAGUGAUGAAAACCUGAGGUUUUGGAUUGCAUGUCAAGACCUCAAAAAGAUGACUUUCAGUCAAGUACCAGCAAAAGUGCAGCAAAUAUACAGUGAAUUCUUGUCAGACAGUUCACACAGUCCCAUCAACGUGGAUUCAAAGAUCCUGGACACUACACGCAAAAACAUGAAGAACCCCAACCGCUACACCUUUGAUGCCGCCCAGGAACAUAUAUACACGCUAAUGCGCAGCGAUAGUUACCCCCGUUUUCUCAGGUCGGAACAGUACAAGGAGCUGCUUAACCCAAAGAAAAAGUGCCUCAGCAACUGGGAGAAGACCAAGUCUCUGAUCCCUAAAUUGCCCAGUCUGGCAACCAAGGCCGAAGUCUUGGAUAAAUGAUGCCGCUUUGCAGACGCUUCACCUCAACACUAAUCAUGCACCCUAACAAGUUAAUGCAGCAUCUUACGAAUCUACACAUAGUCUAACCAAGCCUGUCUGAGCAUCUAAUGAACCUACACGUAGUCUAACCAAGCCUAUGCCGGCUGGAUAAGGCUAUUUUCUAUGGAUCCUGGCUCUUAUAGAGCAUUGUGACUACUGCAUGUGGCAUUGUGGAUGAUGAUGAUGACAAUCAAAAUACCAUCAAAAUCUUAAUGAGAGGACCCUAGCUCCCAUCCAACAAUCACAUACACCCACCCUUAGAAUGGUGGUCUGACAUGCUAAGUCACCUAACAUGAAAACACCUUGCAACUAAGCAUCGACUACCCGACCUACACCAGCCUGACCUACUCCAGGACCUACCCGGCCGAGUGGCUUUUUACUAGCACUGCUUCUUGAGAAACAAAACUACUUCUAAACCUGACAUGUAAAGGCGUGCAAUGACAUGCUAGGCAUUAAUAAUGACAAAUUAACAGCUCGCAAGAGACUUCAGAGACGUGUAAUUGUGUCUCUCUGUUUCAUUAAUGUGUGUGUUCUUCAACGGACCAUCUUCUACAAAGGAGAAGAGACAAAGAUACUCUUGCACAGAUUUUUGCAUAUUCUCUGGUCCUUCAAUUUUUUUUAAAGACUUUUAUAUGAGAUUGAAGUAGAGUAUGAAUUGUUUCUUUCCCUUUUGCCAAUCAGAAGCUGAGAUUAUUCUCUCAUAACCCUUGCCUAUUUAAUCUUUCUUCUUGCUUCUCUCCUCUUUGGAUACGCUCAUUUGAAUAGAUGGGUGUUAACUCGCGAUGGCAACGAGCAGCGCUGCUUGUUCGCUCCCACCUUAAUACGAGGGCACCGAUGGCUUCAAACGAGGAAACAAUGAGCCCUGCACGCAAAGUUCAAACCUUGUGAUCAUUGUGUCAUGUAGGCACACAACGCGUCACCAAGCGUUAGCCAGGAAGCCAUACCCUAAAGUGUUGUUUUUUAACUUGGAACACCAAAGGUUUGAUGCGGGCAGCCAUCGUGAGUGGUACGUUUUUAUAGCAAGACGUGAUAGCUGUAGUAUGCGUCAACAGAGAAGUCUUUGUGUGUGAAGAAAUGUAAGACUAGUCUAUGAAGGCAGGAAUAUUUCUCUGUGAUGGAAUCAUAGCUCGAUCGACCUGCACAUGCUAUGUAUGUAUCAAUACCAAGGAUCCCUUCUCAACUCCCAGGCACGUCUGAUGUCUUCAACAGAAAUAGCAUGCAAUUACAAGUCUGGAACUGAAAAAAACACUUUUACGCUUAAAUUGUAGGUUUGAGAUAAAAGUUUGAACUAAAUUGUGUUCCAAUAACUACUCCAAUAUUGAGUUAUCAAUGAAAUGCAUUGUGCCCACAGAAUAGUAUAUCACAUUUUGAGUGGUCUUCAACUGUAUGCUUGAUCCUCCAGUAAAGUAAAGAUACACAUGUACAUGAUUUACAAAGUAGUAUUUUGCACAAAUUAUUAGAGUACAUAGUUAACCUGCCAGCCAGCAUCACAGUUUAUUUGUCUCUGUUUUCUUGAAUGGAUGGUCAUGGAUUAUAACAUGUUUGUUAGCUCAUUAGUCAUACCCUAAAUGACCAAACUCGAGAUGAAUAUGGUUCAAAUAAGAUUCAUAGGUGAAAUUACAAUUAUAAUCAAGGAAUCUUCAUUUAAAACAAGAUAUCUAUCAUUUUGUGCUUCAAACAAGAUAACUGUCAAGGGUCAGCUUUUUAAUCGCAAAUGGAUGCGUACAUAUCAAUCAGCAUGUUGCUACAGGAUAUCCAGAAAGUUAUGGCAUUGUAUACCCAGGAUAGACCAGUAAAGUUACCCCCAUGGGAAUGUAAACAAUCGGUCUCUGCAGAAGCAUAUUUAAAGGAAUUGAGUAGACUUUAGCAGACUUAAGAGGGUGUCAAGAAGGUGGAUAUUGCGCACAGUAAUGCAUUGUGUCACGUUAGUGGCAUUACCACAAAUACCUUAACUCUAAAGUUUCAACAGAACUGAGAAGGCAAACGAACCCAGAUGGGUAAGCUAUUUGGUAAGCGUCUGCUGAAGCAGGUACAUGGAAAAGUCAGGAAAUUAAUGAUAUUUUGAAAUCCUGUAGAAACAUGCUGAAUGACAAUCUAGUCAAAAAAUGUUACGUAUAUUGUUAUUUGGGUUAUUACCCAAUGAAUUCAGCCUAGUGAAGUUUAAGAUUGUUGUUCAUGUAGUUCUUUGUAUUCCUUUUAUUUCAUUCCAGUGGGUUUUUAGUAAUAAAACUGCUGUAAUAAAACAUUUUAUUAUGAUUUUUAAGUGUUACGAGAAGAGUAUACCCCAUUUUUAUAUAUUAUUAAAAAAAAUCAUGUUUAUUGCAAUAUUGGGUAUACAAGUUUUAAGAACUGCUGGUUAGUUCAAGUAAACAAUGAUUUUAUUAUUGGUGUUAUUACUAUUGGACGUAUUAAGCAGCAGUUUUCCAUCUAACUGUUAUUAUUGACCAGAUAUGUAAAGUAACCAAUAUCCCACUGAUCAGAUUUAAAUUUGUCUGAUUAAAUAUUGAAUAAAAGUCAUAACUGACUUUUACAAAAACACCUUCCAUGUUUUGAAUGUGAAAUCAAACAAGAUUAUGAUUUCGUUGGUUUCAUUGAGGUCCAAAAAGUCUUUUGAAAUCUACUCCUUUCCUCUUUAAGUUUCUUGCCAUUACAUUGAAACAGUAAACAGAUGUGCAAUUAGUCUACUAGACUACCAAAGGUUAAGGUUUGUACUUACAAGUGUAUAAAUAUGAAGGCUGCAGAAAUAUAUCCUAUGGGAUUGAAUACCUCAUUUAAUUUGGUGUGAUAAUAGGUACAAUCUAUCAUUCUAUGGUAUUGGCUUUACAAACAUGAAUACAGCUCUUUGCAUAUGGUUCUUCAAGGUACUAUUUAACUAUUGAAAAAAUACAAAAUGAAAGUUCAGUCCAAAACGUUUCAAACAAGAAAUCGAAAUACAUCCCAAAGAAUGUUAUUCUUAGUUUCGUUGAUGAUAUAAAUUUUAAAAAUGAAUGAAGAAUACAGAUGAACCAAAAUUCUCUUUUAAUCCAUAAAUGAUAAUCACUUUCUUGAAAUAUCCAAUCUGUACUUUUUCCAAAAUAUCAACAAUGGCAGAACAUAAAAAGCUAAAUGGUACUGCAAAGCUGUUCAAGGUGAAUUUUGAAAGCUAAUUUGUUGUUGUUGUUCAUAUGGGUGAAAAAUGAUUGAAGAAAACAAUAACAAUUGUGUGCAUUUGAAAGUUAUAUCAUAUUUUUAUUCAUAACUCUAUUGUGAUUAUGUUAAGCUAUAAUUUCAUAAUCAUUUUUAUUAACAUUAACUUAUUGAAAGAAAUAUUUUCUCUUUUAGGGAUCAGUGGAAACUAUGUUGCCAUGAAAUUAUAUUUUUUAAUCCUUUAAAUAAUAAUACCAACUUGUCAAUCAACACCCAUAUCACAAUACCUUUUAGGAUCAAAUACAAUUCCCAUGGAAAUGAUGAUUGGAUAAUUUUUCUAUAAUGGGGGAUUGCUCUCUUUAUACAGGGAUUUAUUGUACAAAAGAUGACAUUGUUCUGAUACAGCUUUCUCAAGCCUUGUUCACACACGACUCUGUAAAAUGCCUUCAGAAAAAAAAAUUGUUUCAACAAAAUUUUUAAAUAUUAAUCAUUUUAUGUGUAAAUGAAUAAAAAUUCAAAAUGAAAACAAAGUAGCUGGAUGACACAAAAGCCCCUUGGUGUACUCACUUAUCAGUGUGCUGUUACAAGAUACAUUACUGUAAAGUGCAAUGUUUAAAUAUCAGUCCAUUUUACUUUGGCCAUGUUUAGGUAGUUUAGAUGCCAUGUGUGAAGAGGGCUUAAAUGAGCUGCUAAUGGGGUUAUUUCCACAACGUUAUAAGAGAAAAAUUCACUUUCCUUUUUCAUAUAUAUUUUUGAACAGUCACUGCUUUAACAUUUUUUGUUGCUGUAUGUAUUAAAGCAGUCCAUAGUGAGUUCUUCAGCUGUAGUAAUAGAAUUUUUAAAGGUAUCAAAUUUGAAGAAGAAAAAAUCCAUGGCUGUCCUACACAGCUUUAGAGAACUAAAUUCCCAAAUGUUGUUAGGCACUCUGUACACAAACAGGGUAUAAAACAGAAAUGAAUUGCACCACAAAGUUGCAUUAUAUUGCACAUUUUAUGUAAGAUCAUUCUUGUUUUAUUUAUCUCAAAAAAAGUUUUUGUAUUGGAAGCUUAUCUUGUAUUCUGGUAAUGGUUGAGGUAAUUCUGGAACUGUUCAUCUUGCGGUAGAUCAGUUGUUUAGAUCAGCAAAACAAACCAAAUUAACAAAAGUUUCCUGGAAAUCAAAUUGACUAAAACUACAGGGCCUAGUACUCUACAUGCAGUUGGGACAUCGAGCUUAACUAUCUUAUCUUUCUGAGCUUACGAAUCAGCUCCCAUAAUCAUUUAGCAGUUAACAUUUAUGAGCAAUCACAGAUAUAUAGUUUAAAUUUGUAUUGCAUAUUUGAAAUUUUAAUUUCUGACAUUACCAGGACUCAAGAUAAGAUUCAAAAUGCAGAAAUUUCUUUUCAUUUUUUUCAUUGAUUUGACAAAGUUAGUGGUGCCUAAAUAUAAAUAUCAUGAAAAGGAAAUGUAUCAUAAAAACUUGCUUAUUUAUUAAAAAUGUGUGCUACACAGUGGAAAAGUUUAUACUAAGGUUGAUAUUAACACACACAUAAAGAAGAAGCAUUAGGACCUAACAGGGUGUUGGUAUGUUCCUUCUCUCAUAAUGGCAUAACUGAGAGUUUAGAUAUGUCUUGUUUAUUUAUUUUUCUUCAGAAUGUAUGUGUUGUGAGAGCUCUUAUGGGAAGAUUACUUUAAUUGAUGAGUGUUUGACCCCUUAGCAAUGAUAUUCUGUGCAGUGAUAUAUAGAAGUUUUAAAUUCAUUUUACAUCUUGAAUAUUAAUGAAAUCACCAGUGCUACUAGAUACAUUUGACUGGUUCUUGCAACACUCUCAUUCAAUUAAUGUCUUAAAAUCCAUUCCUAAGCCUUGAUUUUGAAACCAUAUUUGCAUCACCUUUUAAAAAGUCUAUUUUGGGUUUAAUAUUGUCAUGAAAAUCAAGCAAUGAACUUCAAAACCUUGGUCUAGAAAAGAAUGACUAACUCAAAAGAUAUUAUUUAUACUGCUUUUAUUUAUUGCAUGAUAAUCUCAUCUUGAAUUGAAUAGUUAUUUCUGCCAAAAGCUCACCCAAGAGAUGUUGUGAGAUAAAAAAUACUUGAAACCCCAACAACAUUGUGAUAUUGAAUAUAAAAGAUUACUUAAAUACAUCUGGCUCAUACAAAGAUACUUUGCUCAAUAAAAGAUACAAAUAUCCAUAUGAAGUAUAUCAUGACACUCUUAAAACCGCCAUUAAUAUUUAUAAGUCAAAUAUCUGGUAUACCUCUAAACUUUGAAUUCCUUUCUAGAAAUAUGUUAUCUCCAUUCCGUCAUUGUCUUUAUACGCCUUGUAGUACGAGUGUCAUCUAGUGUGGCUUCAUUUUGUUGACGACGAUAGUAACGGGGAAAUUAAGGUAUCUUGUACUGUGUAGCGCCUGAUUGAUUUCUUCAUUUAAAAAAAAAUUGUGAGCAUAUUGAUAGCAAGGUGUAGAUUUCUUUCAUAUUUGAAUUUUACAAUUGCAUUCUAACCAAAGCUAUGGAGAUCUUGUUCAUCAUUUACAUUUAUAGCUAUACAUGAUUAUAAUGCAUACAAGAAAAUACUUGUGAUUUAUAUUGCAAAGAAAUACUAUUGAGAUAGGUUGGGGAUUUUAAUAUAGGGACACAUGGAUUGGUUAGACAUUUGUUUAUAUAUCUACAUAAAAUUGAGAGGAUUUAAUGAGAAAAAUAUUGAAUGGUUUGUAUGAAAUAAAUAUUCAAAAAGCAUUGUUAUUUACACUGUAUAUAUUAGGUUAUGUGUUCCAACCAAAAUUUGCACACAGCAAGAUGCUUUUUAGUAUAAUAUGAAACAAAAAUGCUGUGCAUUGUUGGAAAUCUAUGUAAUCGUACUUCUAAGGUUGUUUUAAAGAUCAGAAUACAAGAUGCUGAAAUGCUCUGGUUUUCAAAAAAUCAGGUCAUUUUAUUCUUUCUUUUUAUUUUAUCUUUUCUUUUAUAAAGACAUGCAAAGGAUGGAGUGUACAUCCGUGUGUCUUUUGUAGAUUUACAGGAAAAUACAAAGUACGGACUAUAAGAAAUGGAUGUGAUGCACCCGUAUGGUAUCCGCACAUUUACAGGUUUCUUGACAUAAUGUACAUAAUCAUCUCAGACUAAUUUUCUAUUAUCUGCCCUAGGAGAUUUAGUUUGCACUUGUGCAAUAAAACGGCUUUAUUUCCUA